GAACGAGGCGCUGAAGAGGCUGCUGCUGCUAAAGAAGCGGCUGAGAAGGCGGAGGAGCAGCGAGUGGCUACCGCUAAGGCCGAAGCAGCUCGAAAAGCCGAGGCAGAGCGCUUGGCCCAAGCGGCUGCUGCCAAAGAGGCGGCUGAAAAGGCAGAGGAGGCGCGCAUAGCCGCGGCCAAGGCAGCUGCGGCUCAGAAAGAGGAGGACGUCGCAGACGCGAGAGAAGCUCGGAAGAAGGAUCUCCACGACCGAAUGAAGGCUCUCCUACAAAGAAAGCGAGCGGAGGACGACGAGGAGGACGAAGAGGAGGACGAGGAGGAGGAUGAAGAUGACGACGAAGAGGAGGAGGAAGAAGAGGAGGAGGAGGAGGAAGAGGACGACGAGGAAGAAGACAUGGCAAGCCGCGAACAGGCGGAGAGCGCUGGCACGGUUCCGACCGCCCCGGGCUCCUCCAGGGCUGCCGUGCAGCGGCCAUUGGUGCCAGACAGUGACGACGAAGAAGACGAGGAGGAGUCGGAAGAAGAGGGCUUCAUGAGCAUCAUGAAAGGGCUUCAGGCACGGCGUGCGAAGCCCGGUGCUGCGGAUGCCUCCGCUUCGUCAUCGCAGGUAGCAGAGCCAAAGAAAGCCAAGCAGCCGGCCGGCAAGCGGGACGAAGAGGCAGAGCUGGAGCGGGAGCGGAAGGAGGUGGCCAGACGAACGCUGGAGCUGAUGGAGGCCAGGCGUAUGGUGGACGCAGCUUUGGAAGGCGACACCGGCAAGAAGAAGAGCCGCAAGCGCAACUACGUGAACAAGCGAUGCAGCGUGCACCUUAUCAGGCAGAAGAUGGAUGAGGAGCUGGCGGCGCAGGAGAGAGGCCCACGCUACGUGAACAAUGUGGCGAUCUUCGUCAAGAAGGGGCAGAAAGACAUUGACGCCAACACGGCGGAUGUUCUAGUAAAGAAAGACGAGAAGGAGAAGGCGAAGAAGGCCAAGGAGAAGGACGAGAAGAAGUCCGCCAAGGCCUCGGAGUGA